AGUUGAUUUCACAUUUCAAUUUGAAAUCUUGAAUACAUAUAAACCUAGAGCAAGCUAAUUUACUCAGCUCGUCUCUGCUUCAUUUCCCGCCAUGGAGAUCGACAAUGAGAAAAGUCUCCACAGAAAGCAAUGCACUUAUGCCUCAUUGGAUGAGACAUAUGAGAUUCAAAAUGAGACGUACAGAGGGCAGCAAUACAGCCAAAUAUACUUUGCUCGUCUUCACAUGAUUAGAACUUUGCUCUAUUCUCUUGUUCCUCUUUGGAAAUCCCAUUUGCCUGUUUGCACAGUUUUGGGACUGGUAGAAGGCAAGGAAUGUAUCAUUGUCGGAACAUUGUAUAAGCACAUGAAACUCAAACCCUGUAUUCUUGAUGAGUACUCUAAAGAGAGAUCUGCAAUUCCACUGGUCAAGCCUCAUAAUUUUAUGCACCUGGAUGAUCAUUUAGUUUUGGAAGAUGAGAGUGGAAGAGUCAAGCUUGGAGGUGAUAUGCUUACGCCUUCAGCAUAUGUAACAGGCCUUGUUGUUGCUUUGCAUGGAAAGGAAACUGGUGCAGGCGACUUCAUGGUUCUUGAUGUCCUCGAAGCUGGUCUGCCACCACAGAUAGAACUGCCACUUCAGUCAAGAGAGGACAAGUAUGUAGUUUUUGUUUCUGGGCUGAAUGUUGGGAGCAGCACAUUUAACCCUCUCCAAUUUCAGCUUCUGGUUGAUCAUAUAACAGGGCAUCUAGGAAAUGAGAAGGAACAAGCUAUUGCAGCAGAGAUAGUUCAUGUCGUGAUUGCUGGGAAUUCAGUUGAAAUUCCUCAUGGACUUCUUAAUGGACAAAAUUUGGCUUCAAAGGAUCAAUCAAGAUUAUCCGAGCCGGUGAAAGAGCUAGAUAUAUUUUUGUCUCAGAUUGCUGCAAGUAUGCCAAUGGAUAUCAUGCCUGGAUCCAAUGACCCAGCAAACUUCUCCUUACCUCAGCAGCCUCUGCACAGAUGCCUUUUCCCUGGAUCAGCAGCUUAUAACACUUUUAGGUCCUGUACUAAUCCUCAUUGCUUUGAGCUUGACAAUAUCAGGUUUCUUGGAACAUCAGGUCAAAAUAUUGAUGAUCUUGAGAAGUAUUCAGAGGCAAAGGAUAAGCUUGAAUUUAUGGAAAGGACAUUAAAAUGGAGACAUCUAGCACCAACAGCACCUAAUACUCUUGGUUGUUAUCCUUUCACUGAUAGGGAUCCUUUCCUGAUUGAGAGCUGCCCUCAUGUAUAUUUUGUUGGUAAUCAGGAUAAAUACGGAACUCGCCUAUUAAAAGGUUCAGAAGGGCAGUUGUCAAGGCUCAUUUCCAUUCCAAAAUUCUGUGAGACUGGUGUUGCUGUUGUGCUUAACAUGAGAAAUCUUGAAUGCCACACUCUUAGUUUUGGGACUCAAUUUGGCUCAUAAUCAUGAGGAAAUGGAUAUGUGAGGUAAUGGCAGCUGCCUGCUCAGAUGUUUCUAGCAUGCAGAGAAUCCGUAAUGUAGUCUUAUUCAUUUUCUGAUGAGCCGCACGAAGAAUGCAGAAUUCCCGAAAAGAUGGUUGAGACCUGGUAACUUGAGAAGGGUUAGCACCAGAUGGCAUCCAAGUGUAAUAUGUAUUUCUGAAGUGGAUUCCUUGUGCAUUUUACAAUGUAAUUUAACCUUCUUAACUCUGGAAUUCAUGGAUCAUUUGCCUCUGGCGUUUUGCUUUUUCUUUUGCCUUCCUAAUUUUUUACUUUUGGUAUACCAGACAAGACAUGUAUGUCCGAGCCAUGACCCUGUCUAAAGAUUAUAUAGGCGUGAGUUUCAUC